AUGAAGGCAUAUAAAUGCUUUCAAUGUGGACAGUAUUUCAGAAACAAAUCUGACCUCCUUGUGCACCAAAGAAUCCACACAGGGGAGAAACCUUUUGAAUGCUCUGAGUGUGGAAAGAAAUUCAGUUACAGUUGCUAUCUUCGACGGCAUCAAAGAACCCACACAGGGGAGAAACCUUUUGAAUGCUCCGAGUGUGGAAAGAAAUUCAGUCAGAGUAACCAUCUUCAGCAGCAUCAAACAACCCACACAGGGGAGAGACCUUUUGAAUGCUCCGAGUGUGGAAAGAAAUUUGGUCGGAGUAUCACACUUCAGCAGCAUCAAAGAACCCACAUGGGUGAGAAACCUUUUGAAUGCUCUGAGUGUGGAAAGAAAUUCAGUCAGAGUAGCCAUCUUCAGCGGCAUCAAAGAACCCACACAGGGGAGAAACCUUUUGAAUGCUCUGAGUGCGGAAAGAAAUUCAGUCAGAGUAGCCAUCUUCAGCGGCAUCAUAGAACCCACACAGGGGAGAAACCUUUUGAAUGCUCCGAGUGUGGAAAGAAAUUUGGUCGGAGUACCACACUUCAGCAGCAUCAAAGAACCCACACAGGUGAGAAACCUUUUGAAUGCUCCAAGUGUGGAAAGAAAUUCACUCAGAGUGCCCAUCUUCAACAGCAUCAAAGAUCCCACAGAAGAUAA